AUGGUAGAGAUCUGCGAGCAAUUGCAUAAAAAAGGCAAUUCCCUUUUUUCCGAGGGAAAAUACCAACAAGCUAUUGAUUCUUAUAAGGAAUGCUUAAAAAACUUACAAGAUGAUAAGAAACGUCAGCAGGUUGUAAAUCGAAACCUAGCCCAAUGCUAUCUAAAUCUGAAUAAAUUCCACGAAGCCGUGGAAGCAGCAAACGAAGCUCUUAAGAUAUGUCCUACUGACACGAAGGCUCUUUUUCGCCGUUCGGUUGCUUUCGAGAAACAGGGUGAAUUAAAGGAGUCUAUUGUAGAUGCGAAAAUGCUUAUUCAGUUGGAACCGAAUAACAAAUCCAUUCAGGAAUUGAUUCGAAGGGUUGAAUCAUGCGUUAUAGAAAAGAAGGACUUCGCCCAGAGCCUUAAGGGAAAAGUGGAUUCAAUGUAUUCCAUUCUUACUGACGAAAAGUCAGAUGAUGAUCUUAUUGGGAAGGCUUUAUCAAACAUGAUCGCUUUAAUAAAAGAUGAGGGGAAGACUGCGGCAAGCACUUUGUGGUCUCAUUCAAGCUCUCAAAAAUUGUUUGAUUUGACCAAUUGUGAUAAAACAAAAAUUGUCGGCACUUCUCUUUUGUUAUUAGAGAAAAUUGUGAAAGCUCUUCCGUCAUUGGGAGUAAUAGUUCUCGACAGAUUGACGAACAAGUAUAUUUUUGGACGAGUUCUUUCACCAGAUGUUGACGUAUCCGUCGAAAUGUGUAAAUUCAUCUCGCAUAUCCUCGAAAGUAUCACGGAGAUCAAGUCUUAUAGAAAAGCCCAUGAUGCCGCCUUGGAGGCCGCUAAGCGUAACAAGACACAGGCCCAAACUUUCCUCCCCAAAGAGGUCUAUCCCGCAUACCAAUUGGAUCCAGCGCUUGAAGGAAGGGUUCAAGAGCUUUUGUCUCAGAUUAUGCGGGCUUCAAAUAGCUACCGUCUAGAAGCUGCCGCCAGGGAUGUUCUAAUCCAGACCCUCACUUGGCUUAUCCCAUCUGAGACAGGUAUCGGGUGGUCGAAGCGUUUCAUCAACACCGAAGGUAACAUUGAACGUCUUUUGGAAGUUGCUGCAGCAACUUGUCCUGCAACUGCUAUGGACAGAAGCAACCUAAAUUUAUCAUCCUCUCGUAGAAAACGCUUGGUGGAGGAGACAUCUCAAGUUGAAAAGGAAGCCGGGCUGCCGGAAAUUUCUCGAGGUGGCCUCCUCAAAACCUCACACAACACUCGUCUUAUUGUUGCAUGCCUUUUAUCCAGACUAUUUAAUGAUCUUAGGUCUGACCAGGAUAGACAGCAUUUCUGCCAGGUCUGUGUGGACUUUGUUAUGGAACUUCUGACAGAUAAGUUUAUUGAAAGUAAAAUCGAAGCCGCAGCCAUAAUUGGUACUCUCUUCAGCGGUCCCUACGAAAUUGGAUCCCGUGUCCUUGGAACCGAGGGCAUUCUUGAGGGGCUCUUUCUCCUCACCCAAUCCGAAAAUCUCACCCAUCAAACUAUCGCCCUGGAUACUAUUAUUCUGGCGACUACUAAAAAGGACAAGUGUAUGGCUAUUGUCAAUCAAGCCGUCCCCAUUCUUCGAGCCCUUUACAAAUCACCUGACGAUGGCAUCAAAGUCCGUGCCUUGCUUGGCUUAUGCAAGCUCGGUGUGCUAGGCGGUUCAGAUGCCAGUAUUAAGAGCAUGGCUGAUGGUUCAACCGUUAUUCUAAUGAAAGCGUGCCGAAGAUUGCUUCUCGGUGAGUCGUCUAAUGCUCUUCGUGAUGAUCCAAAUUCAACUCGGUGGGCUAUCGAUGGUUUAGCCUAUCUCAGCCUCACUGGAGAAGUUAAGGAAGCUGUUGCUAAAGAUAAAGUGCUUCUUGAAGCCGUAUUCAAAGUUGCAGAUUUAGGAUACUACGACACCGCCUUCCCAUUAGUUAGUUUCCUCGCAAAUCUAACCAAUAGCUUUCCCGAGAAAGAAGUUCUUCCAGAGAUGGUUGAAAUUGCGAAAUUCGCGAAGCAGCACAUUCCCGAGAAGCAUGAACAAGAUGAACCGAAGGUUGUCGCUCAGAGACGCAAAACUCUUAUUGAAGUUGGGUUGCCAAGCUGUUUGUUUAAUAUAACAACUAAAUUGGUGACAAAAACUUCAGCUUCACAGCCACAAGUUCGCGAAAUGGUCUCAAGAAUUUACCUUUCGUGUGCCGAGUGUAUAGAUUGCCGUGGUGCAUUAGUUGCUGCAGGAGCCGGAAAAGCUCUACUGAAUCUAGCAUUGAGUGAAAAUACAGAUGAAGGAAAAUAUGCGGCUUCCCAGGCCCUCGCAAAAUUGUCAAUUACUGCCGAUCCUAGACUUACUUUCCCCGGUGAAAGAUCACUGGAAGUCAUCAGACCACUUCUUCAGCUUCUUGAUAUGGAAUGCCCAGCUCUACAAAACUUCGAAGGCCUUCUUGCUCUCACAAAUUUAGCGUCUCUGGAUGAUAAGCAUCGUUCUCGUAUGCUGGCUGAAGGGGCACUUCCGAAAAUUGAGCACUAUAUGUUCGAAGAACAUGAAGACAUACGCCGCGCUGCUGUGGAAUGCUUUGGCAACCUUGCUCAACAUCCCGCCGUAGUCUUAGCCUACGGAGGUGAAGGAGUUCCUGAAGACAAGACAAACGGUGCCUCGGAGACAAUUAUAGCUAAAUGUGGCUCAAGUGGCUCGGAAGUUAUCAAAUUAUUGACGCUCUACUGUUAUGAUGAGAAAGACAUCUUUCUUGUACGCGCUGCAGCUGGUGCAUUAGCUGUGUUGUCUCACGAUAUCGGCAUUUUAAAGCGAAUCACUCAGGUGGACAAAUGGAAGGAGAAAUUUGAGGCCUUAGUGGCACAUCCAUCUCCAGCUAUUCAACAUCGAGCAGCCUACAUCCUACGCAACUGCGUCGAGGUUGGUGGAGCUGAUAUCUCCCUUGAUAUCGUCCAAAAUUCUAAAAUUGUGGAACUCCUUGAUUACUUGCUUCAUCUUCCCAAUAUCGGCGAUUCGGAACCACUUAAUCCAGAAGUAAUUGUCCUGGGUCAGGGUUGUCCGAAGGAACUCAUUCGUGAGGCAGCUAAAUCCGACCGAAUCAAGUGUCAUGAACUCGCCGAUAUCACUUUGAACAAACUCGUGGAAUACGGCUUCAUCAAGCCAACUCACAAGUGA